UACAAAUACGAAAAGUGAUAGAGUAGUGAGAGGUAGUGUUUGUGGCCGAACCACAGACAAAAUGCUCAUUCUCAAACAAUUCAUUGGCGUGGAAACAUCAAGUCGCAAAAUGACGCUCAAAGAAUUUGCAUUCUUUUUAAUAUUGGCUCUGGCAUUUCACAUAAAUGCUGCUGCACCCACUUCCGAUUCAAUGGCCACAACUGAGGUGGCACCAUUUGCCACCAAGAAUAUGGAUGAAAUAGUUCAAUAUUUGCUCCAGACCACCAUACACAAAUACGAUGCCAAAGUGUCGGUGGUGCAAUCGCACAUCAAGAGAUUCCAGGAAGCUGUGGAAAUGUUGAUUGGCGAAACCCCAGCUGAUGAUAAUGAGAAAAUCACAAAAUACAAUGAACUUCUACACGCCAUUGGGGAGAGCUUAAAUGCCAUCGAUAGAGAUACAUCAACAUGCGGUCUCUAUCUGGUUGCCACGGCUGAACUGAGUCACAUCGAUAGCUUAGUAGUCAAUUCGAAGGAUGCACAAUUGUGGAACUAUUGGACUCUAUCAGACAUUGAUGAGAAAAAUUUAUUUGUGACUUUGGCUUAUGAAUCAACAGAUGUUUACCGACAAGAAGCGCAACAGUAUUUCGAUGAAAAUCCUGAAUUUAAGACUGAAGCAAAAUCCAAGGCUAAGCAAUAUGUAACCGAACAUUGUUCGAAAUACAAAGAAUAUUAUAAGGAUGAAAUUGUUGGAAAUUGAAAGUGCGAAAAUAAAAUACCAGAUAAGAAAUGUUAAAUAUAGAA